AUGGUCCUGUACUUAGAUUCUUGCUCGGUCAACCGACCUUGCAACCUUCAUCAUCAAUUCAUACAAUCCAUCACCUUCUUGGUUAACCUGUGGUCCCUGCGCUUAAGUCGCUCAAUUCUUGUGGUUCAUAAGAUGUCCGCGGUUCCGAAGCCGCCCUUGACGCCGCCGGCGGCAACAUAUGGUCUAGGAGCAGCACUGCCCACAGUGCGAUUCCGACACCCAGCGUACCCCCGCUCAGCUUCCGACCUUCUCGUGCUCAUGGCCACAGACGGCGAAGGUGCACUCGACUUUGACAUUGCGAUGGUCGCUUGCUGCAUUGUUGCUAACAUGGGCUGGGAUGAUGGAUACUUGGCACAGAAAGCCUCGGCAGGAAACGAUGCUCUUCAACAAGUCGACCGCCCGAACGACGGCUUGUUGAGUGCGGGCGAGUACCUUUUCUGCAUAAAGGGACAGGAUCCAUUCUCAUUCAAAUACCCCGUCAUCCCAUCGUUCCAUCACUGGCGCUUCCCGCACGGUAACCUUCCUUCACCGUGGAGAAACCUGCAGCUGCCCGAGUUUCCCCUGCCGCGUCCAACUGUGAAAGGGCCUGUGGUAGCAAUGGAGCGCGACAUUACUUGCCGGGUGUCUGGCUAUAAGUCGACCACCCCUCAUUCCGCCCACCCCCCAUUCCGCCCACUUUAUAUACAAGAUGCAGUUGAGCAAUACCGUCUUGGGCGCCAGUCAUUGCGAAGCAUCUAUAGUGAGUUCGACAUCCCACGCUCUACUAUUCGCGACCGCCUUCGUAGUACUCAGACCCAUUCAACUACGGCCGAACCGCAACAGACACUUAGCCGAGUACAAGAAGAUCAUCUUACGCGAUAGGUCUUAGCCCAGGUCGCUCUAGGUGUCCUACCAACCCAUGCGCAGAUCCGGGAGUCCGCCAGCCGGGUUCUAUAGGCCCAAGGAGCACCCGAAAAG